UGCGUCGUUCGAUCAGUUAACUCUUGGAUGUAUUCGAUAAAUGCAUCGGUUUCCCAACAAAUGGGAACAGCAUGCACAGUCAGUUCCAUCAUGUUUUACGCUGCAGCGUGAAUGUAUCUCGAUGCACGUGGGCCAAGCCGGCGUUCAAAUGGGCAACGCGUGUUGGGAAUUGUACUGCCUGGAGCACGGGAUCCAGCAGGACGGUACGAUGCCAUCGGACAAGGUGUCCGGUACCAACGACUGUUUCAACACGUUUUUCAACGAGACCAGCUCCGGCAAAAUGGUGCCUCGAGCGGUAAUGGUCGACCUCGAGCCCACGGUCGUCGACGAGGUACGGAUAGGUCCGUACAAGCAGUUGUACCAUCCGGAGCAACUGAUCACCGGCAAGGAAGACGCGGCGAACAAUUACGCUCGCGGCCACUAUUCGAUCGGCCGCGAGGUGAUAGACUCCGUGAUGGACAGGGUGCGAAGGCUGACGGACCAAUGCACCGGCCUCCAGGGGUUCUUCGUGUUCCACUCGUUCGGGGGUGGUACCGGCUCGGGAUUCACGUCCCUGCUGAUGCAGAAAUUGUCCGACAAUUACGGAAGGAAGAGCAAGUUGCAGUUCGCGGUCUAUCCGGCGCCACAAGUGUCGACGGCGGUCGUGGAACCGUACAAUGCAAUCUUGACUACGCACACCACCAUCGAGCACUCGGAUUGCGCGUUCAUGGUUGAUAACGAAGCAAUUUACGAUAUCUGCCGGCGGAAACUCGGUAUAGAGCGACCUUCUUACGCGAAUCUGAAUCGGCUUAUCAGUCAAGUGGUAUCAUCGAUAACCGCGUCCUUGAGGUUCGACGGCGCCCUGAACGUGGACUUGACCGAGUUCCAGACGAACUUGGUGCCGUACCCUAGGAUCCAUUUCCCGUUGGCGACCUACGCCCCGGUGGUGUCCUCCGACAAGGCCUUCCACGAGGGGAUGUCGGUGGCCGAGAUCACCUCCGAGUGCUUCGAGGCGUCGAACCAGAUGGUGAAAUGCGACCCCCGCGAGGGCAAGUACAUGGCCUGCUGCCUGCUCUACCGCGGGGACGUCGUCCCGAAGGACGUGAACGCGGCGAUCGCCGCGAUGAAGGGGAAAAGCUGCAUCCGGUUCGUUGACUGGUGCCCGACCGGAUUCAAAGUCGGUAUCAAUUACAGGCCGCCCACCGUUGUUCCCGGUGGAGAUCUCGCCAGGGUGCAAAGAGCAGUCUCGAUGCUGUCCAAUACCACAGCCAUCGAGGAGGCGUGGGCGAAAUUGAACUACAAGUUCGAUCUGAUGUACAACAAACGAGCGUUCGUCCAUUGGUACGUCGGCGAGGGGAUGGAGGAAGGCGAGUUCGCGGAGGCUCGCGACGACCUCGCCGCUCUCGAGCGGGACUACGAGGAGGUGGCCCUCGAGUCGUCGAGCAGUCCGGACGCGUCGUUAGAAUUUUGAGGAAACUCGGAGAAUCCGCGGCUAUGAUCGUUGAAACGUGACCGGCAACUCCCAGCUACCCGAAGGGAAUCGAAAUCGAUACGAUAAAUUCUACUGUGGAGAAACAUAUAUUAUUAUCUAUAUAUAUAUAUAUAUAUAGAUGUAUAUAUGUAUCUUUUGAUAGCUCGUUUUAUAUGUUUU